CGUGUUGUUCCAAUCCCGGCCGCUCCGCAGCUAAUUUAAAGUAGACGCAAGCAUAUUUGCAAACUAAAUCCAUAUCCCUCCUCUCCGGAUCUCGCUGCAGUCCCAGUAGGAAAUUACGGCAGCAGCUGGUCGGUUGUCAAUUGCAGUGGGGUUUGCUCACAACUACCCUUAGACCAUGGACUUCUGGACAAACCCACCACCCGUGUACAACCCGCCGAUCCCCUACGUGGGGCCUAUUCCUGGGAGUUUACAGGAUGGGAACAUGAUCCAGAUUAAAGGACGAGUGGUUCCUCACAGUAACAGGUUUCACGUCAACCUUCAGUGCGGCACCGAGCCUGGCCAUUGUGAUGUGGCUUUUCACUUCAACCCACGGUUUGAGUGUCCAGGGUAUGUUGUCUGCAACAGCUUUGAGAACCGGCGCUGGUCCUCCGAGGAGAGGAAGCAUGAACUGCCAAUUCAGAAAGGAGAGACUUUCCAGCUACUUAUACUUGUUCAGAAUGAUUCCUAUAAGGUGGCAGUGAAUGACAAGCACUUCCUGGAAUUCAAGCACCGUCUCCCUCUCUCCAGGGUGAACACCAUAUGUAUCGACGGUCAAGUGGAGAUUGUCUCCCUCAGCUUCAUAAAGAACCAGAUCCAGCCAGCAGUACCAGCGGGAAUUGGAAACAAUAUCCAACCAGCAGUACCAGCGGGAAUUGGAAACAAUGCUGGUCCCAUGUUUCCCCCUCCCGGAGCCAAUCCGUUCCAGGCUGGUCCCUUGUUUCCCCCUCCCGGAGCCAAUCCGGCAGGUUCCAUGUUCCCACAGCCUGCUGCAGCAAACCCAGCUUUCCCGUUUGGUCCAACCAAUCCGUUCCAGGCUGCUCCCAUGUUUGGCCCAGCUACUCCAGCCAAUCUGCAAGUUCCAUUUAAAGCUCCGAUUGCCGGAGGGUUGUUUCCAUCAAAAUCUAUCUUCAUCCAGGGGACAAUCCAACCCAAUCCUGACAAUUUCGUCAUUAAUCUGAAGCCGUCAAACUCCAGUGACAUCGCCUUUCACAUCAGCAGCCGGUUCCGCAGUGAGCAAGCUGUAGUACGGAACAGCUUCAUUCAGAAUUCCUGGAACAAGGAGGAGAGGAAUUUGGCCAAAAACCCAUUUGUACCUGGGCAGCAGUUUGAGAUUACCAUUCUGUGCGAGGCUCAGUCCUUCAAGGUAUCUGUCAACGGAUGUCACGCCUUUGAUUUCAAUUAUCGCUACCAACCUAUCCAGCAGAUCAACGAGCUGCAAAUCCAAGGAGAUGUUACUCUCUCUAAAGUUCUCCUUUAAGGCCUGCUGUCCAGAUCCCACAUUGUAUUAGGUCUCUCCUGUUUGUGCAGUGUUGGGGUGAAACGUUUGGGGGAACUUUCAGUGAGACUUGGAACAGACCAUAAUUAUUCAGUAGUUCAAUGUGGGUCAUCCAACUAAUGGAAAAAAUUGUAAUAGAUCACACACACAUGGUUAAAUCUUAAUGAUCAUUACUAUCCUGUUGGACAUGUUUUACUUGAGCAGGAAUGCUUUUAAGCUUUAAUCAUUUUAGCUUGUUGCUUUUUUUGCUGAGAGGGGUCCAAUCCCUCAAUGUCCAAAGCACAUCUGGAGGUGAGGCUCUACCCAUUCCCUUCUCUAUUCCUAGCUGUUGCUCUCAUCUCCUUUCCCUGGGAAUUGCACAUUCUGUUUGACUCUUUAAUUGCCCUACAGAAAUGUACAAGCUCUCUCCAUACUCGCAAGAUCCUCUUUAUUAAUCCCACUGAUGACUGGCAGUUGUGUGUGAUUUACCUCUGAAAUUUAUGACACUAAUAAAUCCAUGAAAUGGCAAAAUGUGUUUAUUUCAUUACUUCCAUGUGUUUUGACUGAUUACCUUUUCCAAGAUGGAGACGCAAUAGACUGCAGGUGCUGAAAUCCGGAGCAAAGGGCAAACUGCUGGAGGAGCUCAGUGGGUCAGGCAGCAGCUGUGGAGGGAGAUGGACAGUGGACAUUUUGGAUCCAGAUGAAGGUUCUCAACCCAAAACAUCACGUCCAUUUCCCUCCACACAUGCUGAGUUCCUCCAGCAGUCGUCUCUAUGAUCUUUUCCAAGAUACCAGCUGUGUGUAUUUCUAUGAAGCUCCCUACAUCAAACUUUACCCCUACACAAGUUUGCAAUGGGAAAUAAAGAAAUCUUGUUA